AUGGCCCACGUCGCCGAAGCUGCGAACCUCUCGGUCAACAGCAUCUUCAACUUCUCCAACCAUGUCGUGCUCAUUACAGGAGGAGCAACGGGUCUAGGAGAGAUGGCCGCCCAAGGAUUUGUCCAGAACGGAGCCCGCGUGAUCAUUGCCAGCAGAAAGGCCUCARAAUUGGAGAAGACAGCCAACAGAUUGAACAAACUUGGACCAGGAAAGUGCGAAUAUGUAGUAGCAGAUCUCAAAGACAAAGCCGGUUGCGAGAGCCUCGUUGCACAGGUCAAGAAGAAGACUGACCGAUUGACUGUGCUCUUGAACAAUUCCGGAGCGAGUUGGGGAGCAGCAUACGAUGAUUUCCCUGAGUCCGGCUGGGACAAACUCAUGGCCCUAAAUGUCAAGUCAAUCUUCUAUACCACAGUCGGUCUGCACAACGAACUCACCAAUGGAGCUACGGCGGACAACCCCUCACGUGUCAUCAACAUAGCGAGCAUGGCCGGCAUCAUGACCGCCGACGUCACAGUGGGACCGGAAGGAGGUCUCGCUGCUCCAGGAUCCGGAACUUUCAGCUACGGACCCAGCAAAGCUGCCUGCAUUCAUCUGACCAAGAUGCAAGCAAGCAAAUUGAUGCCGCACCACGUCACCGUCAAUGCCGUAUGUCCUGGUGUUUUCCCCAGCAAGAUGACUGCUUUUGGUUAUGAGAAAGCGCUGGACACGCUUGUUUCUGGUCAGCCGAGWGGACGAGUUGGAAAGCCAGAGGAUUUUGCUGGCACGAUCCUCUUCCUUUCUAGUGCUGGAGCUGCGCACAUGACAGGAUGCGCGAUUGAGCUUGACGGUGGUUCCACCCGCAGUGGUUUUAGAGGCAAGAAGAGGAGCGAGAAGUUGUAG